CCGCCCCCCGCCCGCCCAAGCGUGGAGCGCAUGCGCCUUGAGAGAUGGGCUGGGUAGACAUGGAGAACUAUUUGGCUGUCGCGGCGCUGAACGGGAUGGACCGGCGUUCCCUGCAGCGCUCGGCUAGGCUGGGUCAAGAAGUGCUGGAGCGGGCUAAGAGGAGGGCAGUGGACUGGCAUUCUCUGGCCAAAAGCAACGUGGGGGGCAUUUUCCCGGAGCGGCCCUACCGAGAAAGAUGGCCCGCGGCUGGCCCCCAGCGCCUUCUCCCCGGAGAGAGAGAAGAAAGACGCCCAACCCUCAGUGCUUCUUUCAGAACGAUGGCGGAAUUCAUGGACUAUACUUCAAGUCAGUGUGGGAAAUAUUAUUCAUCUGUGCCAGAGGAAGGGGCAACCCACGUCUAUCGUUAUCACAGAGGGAAGUCGCAGCUGCACUUGUGCUCGGACCUCAGGAAUGGCCAGAGACAAGAAACGCCCCUGGGUUUUGGAGGCGUCUGUCCAGCCACAGAGUGUACGCUAGAGGCACCCCAGCCUGCUGAGAACAUCUCUAAGGACCUCUACAUAGAAGUAUAUCCAGGGACCUAUUCUGUCACUGUGGGUGCAAAUGACUUAACCAAGAAGACUCACGUGGUGGUUGUUGAUUCAGGACAAAGUGUGGACUUGGUUUUCCCCAUCUGAUGUUGACCAUCACGUUGCCUUUUUUUAAGUAGCAAGGAGAAUAAAGCCACAUAUGAUUCUGUUAA